CGUGCAGGCAGCGCCCCCGCUGGGCUUUAUUAAACAGGGAAGUGCUGAACUGCAGCCACUCCUUGUAACAGCAGAGCAGCUGGAGAUACAAGCAGCAGCAGCAGCAGCCAGAGAGUCCCGAGGCUCCCAUCUCGACAGCCAUCGUUAUCAGCGACAGGAUGCCUUUUGGCGGAGGGAACAAGUGUGGCGCCUGCCAGAAGACGGUGUACUUCGCAGAGGAGAUGCAGUGCGAUGGAAAGAGCUUCCACAAGUCCUGCUUUCUGUGCUCGGUGUGCAAGAAGAACCUGGACAGCACCACUGUGGCGGUUCACGGAGAUGAAAUCUUCUGCAAGGCCUGCUACGGGAAGAAGCACGGGCCAAAAGGGUACGGCUACGGCCAGGGAGCGGGGACUCUGAGCAUGGACAAGGGCGAGGGACUCGGGAUCAAGCCUGAAGAGCAGGGAGCACACCGUCCCACCGCCAACCCCAACCCCUCCAAAUUCGCCCAGAAGAUCGAGGGGUCGGAGGUGUGCCCCCGCUGCAGCAAGGCUGUCUACGCUGCAGAGAAGGUGGUGGGUGGCGGCCAGGCUUGGCACAAGAGCUGUUUCCGCUGUGCCAAAUGUGGCAAGGGUCUGGAGUCGACCACCUUGGCGGAUAAGGAUGGAGAAAUCUACUGUAAAGCAUGUUACGCCAAAAACUUUGGCCCUAAAGGCUUCGGUUUCGGGCAGGGAGCCGGAGCGCUAGCCCAUGCCCAGUAAGAGGUGCCCAGAUCCACGGAACACUGGGAAAACCUGGAUCCCUCCACUCCAAACCGCUUCCCGUUCCAGCACCCAUUCCCACCAGCGCAGCGUUACAUUCCACUAGAGAGACCCUCCAUCAUCAUCAUCAGGCAGUAUCAACUGAGUCAGCAUUAUUUAGAUUCAAAAGGAAUUCAUUUCAGAUUCUUUUUUUUUUGUAUUCAAACUGGAUUUAAAAAAAAAGAAUCAUUUGAAGUGAAAUACGCAAAUUAUAACUUGAACGAAUGAAUCCAUUUAUAAUACGCAAACACAUUUCGGCUUUUGAAUGUAAACCAUUUUCAAUAAACAAAUGUUUAUUGGAAAAUAACCCAUUUUGAAUGUAAAAUGACUUCACUAUGAAUGCAAAAAAAACCAAACAAGAGUUUUAAAAGCACAUACCUUUUACCAGAGAGAGGUAAACCAACCUAAAAGAUGAAAUGUGAACGAGCGGUGAAUGCACAGAGCAGCUAGUCCCAUUUGAGGGCUGCUUGCAGGGUCUCAGCUUGUGUGUACACUGGAAUGUACAGGAGAUGCUCUCAUAUUGAUCCUCGUUCAGGGCUCUGGUUCUACCUGCUUGCUUGGUACAAAACUCUCUCUGCUAACCCUCUGCUGCUUUCCAUUUUAAAAGUGCUCAUUCAUUUGCAUCAGUGUGGAGCCUGGCAUGUGUUAACUCUAUUUAAUGACUGAGACCUCCCAGAAGCAUGAGCAGCCUGUACACCGUGUCAGUGAUGAGGAGACGCUGGACAAUCCCUUCACUGCACUCCAGGAAGCUGUAUGAGUGGAUGGAGCGUGGGUGAAAUGUCUUGCUGGUGAAAUUGAAGGUGUGUCCACCAAUGUAUUCAAAUAAACAGUAUUGAAAUAA